GACAGUGGACCAGCCUGUUGAAUUUGUCCAUAAGGACCAGGGAGCAGGUUAACGUUGACCUGUGGGACUCCUUGAUAGCUUUGUAUUUUGUUAGUUGACGGGGUUAUUGUACCUCACAACUUGUGUUCACCAGAUCACAGGGAUGGACAUCACUUCUAUUAAGAAGACUUUGGGCAGUCAGUAUAGGGUGGUUUUCUUUCUUGGACAGGGUUCAUAUGGCAGGGUGAGAUUGGCCUGGCACCGGAGAACGCAGGCCCUGGUUGCCAUCAAAACGGUAGAGAUCAGCAAGGACACCAUCAGGGGGAUCCUGUCUGAAAUGACCACAUUGGAGUCAUUGAACCAUCCGAAUAUAAUUUCUUUAUAUGAGGUCCUGAUCACAGGGACCGGAGUUCAUUUUAUAUUACAAUAUGCUCCAGGAGGCAACUUAGGAAAACUAAUAAGUGAGGAGGGCCCAUUGCCAGAAGAAAAGGCGAAGAAAAUGUUCGGACAGGUCGUAUCUGCCAUAAGAUAUUGCCAUAGCCUGGAUAUUGUCCAUCGCGACAUCAAGCCACAGAAUAUACUGAUAGAUGGAGAGGGCAAUAUUAAGCUGAUCGACUUUGGCCAGGCCAUCAAAUGCAAACCUGGUACAUUACUGAGUAGGCACUGUGGAACCAGGGACUUUAAUGCCCCAGAACUGGUAUUAAGGGAGCCAUAUGAUGGCAAGAGUUCUGAUGUGUGGAGUUUGGGGGUGGUGCUCUAUUUCUUUACCACUGGCUACUUACCCUUCAGAGGAAAGACCAUCAAUGAUGUUGAGGAAAGGAUUACAACGGGGACCUAUACCAUUCCUACUCACCUGUCUGGGCAACUCGAAAACCUGAUACAUCAAAUUCUGAGAGUUUCCCCAGACAUGAGGCCCUCUGUAGAGGAAAUUGAAAAUCACCCAUGGAUCAAGAAAUGUGAGUUUAAAAUCCUGCCCAAGACUGACCCAGAUUACAAAAUUAUAGAAAUGCUCUGUGCAAUGGGGUAUAAAGCCAAGGACAUCUUGGAAUCCCUCCAAAAGAAAAGAUACGAUGAACCAAUGGGGGCAUAUUUGAGCUUAAAAGAUCAUGUAAGCAAAGGGUUUGAUGUUGGAUAUAUCACUCCAGCCAAGCCUGGGGAUCCGUGCCCUCCGCCACCCCCAUCACCAGCACAUCCCUCUGUCUUUGGCCUUCCUCUCAGGAGAAGGGCCAGUGAGCCCAUCUUUGGCCUCCACCACAGACCUCCCUCAAGAGAACAGAAUCCUCUUGACCUGAUUCUAUCAGGACUCAAGAUGAGCAGGUGUGUCUCCAUGCCUCCCAUUGCGGUAUACUAUCCUAAGAAGGAGAGAAGCACUUCUACCCGUGCCCUCCACUCAACACCUGUGGCUUGCCCGUGCGUCAGCAACAACAUGUCGGAAGUUGAAAUAAUCCUGCCACCUAAGCAAGACAUUGAGAUGAAUACGUCAUCUCCCCCUCAGAGGAUGGGAUGGUUUAAGAGACUCCGCAAAGGAAUCAGGGACUGUUUUUCAAGACUUUGCUGCCUCCCGAGGGCUCCAAAGAAAAAAACCCAGCAUAGAUCCUCCAAGAGAGUGGCCCCCCUGAAAAAGGCAGCAAGCAGUACCAUAUAAAAGCUUCCCUCCUGCAGAUAAUGGUGCAUUUGAGGCCAGGACAGUCAUGGAUUCCUGAGUACAAGGACAGUGGCUCAUUGUUGCUAAGGAUCCCAACUCAAAUUAGCAACACUGGACUGAAAACACAAACUAAAAUCCUCCUACUUGAGCAAGGUAUGCAGAAAAAAUGAGAGACUGCUGUUUUCAGGGACAAGUAUCCAUACGGAAUCUAUAGUGAUGAUCUAUGCCUGGCAGAGGAAAAAUGGUCAACUAUCUAAUGGGCCCCCUCAAAGUCUCCCUGCAGCUCAGAAGAACACCAAGGGCCUCAGCUCUGUCAUUCCUGUAUCACUGUGGAGCAUCUGCCAAGAAUGGACACCAGAAUCUGUAGACCAGGGAGAGACUGGUUCCCACACUUUAGUUCCGCACAGUAAAACAACAGCCUAUCCCCUAAUGAGGUAUGUACAUAAUGAUAGAGGAUUCUCCACACAAACUUGAUUCACAAGAACAGGGCCUCUUUGGUAGACACCCAAACCAUCUGAAAUCAGGUGAGAAGAUGUGAGAAGCCUUCGAUCCCUGUACCUCAAGACCAAAUAACACUCAUUCUGAUAGGAUACAUGAGCUGGUCCUCGUUUAUCUUCAUUCCCCAAUUCCUUCUAUCUCCUAUCCGCAUGAAGACCUUUCCUUCACAUGCUCUGAUCUGAAUCUUGUUCUGCAAUUCAUGGAACACAUUUGAAAAGUCGAUCUGGACCUCCAUGUCCUCAUUGUCUGUAUGGACCUUCAGGAUGGACAGUCUCUGGAAGAUCCUGUGACAGCUGCAGGAUGGGCUGAGCAGCUGUGUUUGUCCAUAUCUACGGCAGAAGCACUUGAGCCAAAAGACUAACAGUGCCAUCCUGCCCUUAACAAUGAAGUGAGGAUUCCCCUGUCUCCAUGUGAACCAACCUGCCUGCCCCAACACUGUGCUAAUGUCGCUGCGGGAACACUAAGGACAUGAGGACUAUGAGAGUAGGACACUCGGUGCAAAAAAAAAGUUCCCUUUUAAUACUGACUAAGAUGCUCAGGCCUCAAAGGAGGUGGACUGCAAGGGUGAGAGCUGAGUGUUCCUUCUGGAUAUGAGUCAACACCAGCACGCAGGAAUCCACCAGGUUUGGAUGGACGAUGCAUCUGACCAGAAGAAGGGAGUAGUAUGUUUCUGGGGUGCACAGAAAGAUCCCUCACUCUGUGUAAUUACCCAGGAAAUGAAAUAGUCUUGUCCAUGUGGACAUUGGUGCCCAAAUGAGAAAAAUAGUGUAUAUAUCCUGACCACUUAAAAGCCAUGCUUUUUCUGAGAGAACCUCUGAGCUCGAAAGACUGUGAAAUAGGAUGUCUGCCUGUACCAGAAUCUUUCCUGAGUGGAGAAUUUUAUCAGGAAGAAGAAGGCCCAGAGCAUGCACAUAUGUUGAACUCUUGAAGGGCACCCAGUUUGAAAGAGAACAUCAAAGGCCUGAAUCAGUGUGAAACAUGCUGUCUGCAAGUACUAGAACACUUCCUGAGAGCAAGGGACACUGCCAAACCACUAGAGGCCAAAAGUUAUGAUGGAUAAAGAGACAGGUGUUCUGGUGACCUGUAACCCCAUCAGGAGCCCCAAGGGUCACCUCCUGCUAAACCAAACAUAACCUUUAUCAGUGAAGGUCACUCCCGAGAAAUCCUGUUGAGAAACCCUGCAGACAGGAAAGCCAAGGAGGCCUCCUCCUUCCCAUUGUCAUUAUCUUCUAAGGGAACUUGAACAGGUUAGCUCCUACAGACUUCUUAAAAAGCCUGGAACACUCUGCUAAUUCUGUUUCCCGUACUCUUCAACUGAGUCAAGAGAAGAAAACAGAUAUUUGGAACACUGAUCCAAUCAAAUUGAUAUUCUGGUGAUCAGAAGCCAAGACUAUACAGAGAUUUCUGAGGCCUCUCCAGGAAUUCUGUCCAGAAUCACGCUCUGGAGGACUUCAGUGUGCGAGAAUGUGAGUAAGUUGGAUAGACUCUGGGGUCUAAGGAAUGAAGUUUGUCCUCAUUAGGACAAAAAGAUACAAGAGGAACGCCCGAGUACAUAUAGAACACAGGGUGCCAUGAUGUGGAGCCCGAAGACAAGGGAGGCUGCUGAACACUCUAAUGCCUGUAUGAGUGUAUUUGGACAUGAACAGUGUAGCUGGAUCUGUUUGCCUUCAGUUCAAGCUGCAAUGUUGUCACCAUCUCCUCUUUAAGCCCAUGUAUCCUUGACAAGGUUGUUCUGCCCUUCAAGUUCAUAUGAUGAUUGUGCAUGUAGGAGACCUAGCCUUCUGUCACCAAGGAAACAGAAAGCAGUGGAGGAAUGCGACCGUGGGAGGCUGCAGGCAAAAGUGAUGUGGGUCCACAACUGUACCUGGAAGCUACAUAGUACAAUCCCUGAGGCCCUGUUCAGACCUUCAUUCUAUUCUGGUGUCUUCCUAGUGACAGCCCUGCUAGCCAAUGACGACAACUUCUCCCUGACUCUUCCCCAGCCUUGCUUCCCAGUCCUGAGACUUGAAGAGCACAGAGCAUGGCCUCUGUAGGUCAGUCACUGGCUCUGGACCAUUGACCACUACCACUGCUUUUACUUGGGAUGGUGUUCAAAUUGUGGGAUGUCUGAGAAAGCUGGGUUCCACGUUUUUGCUACGCAACCUGUUCCUCAUGUCCUGGACUUUGCCUGCUCCAGUCCUCAGUUGCCAUUCAGUAAGCAUUGUGACGUGUAAGGCUCUCAGGAGAAGCCAGAUCCCAGUGGCAUUAGUGUGACAAACAAGCUGUGCCCAAGGAGCUGACACUCUGGCAGAGUCCAGGACAUCCAGGAAGACAGAGGUGGUGAGUGAAAUGCUGUUCUCCACGCAGAUCACAGACCCUGGGAGUGUUGGGUAUUGCUACCUGACAAAGGCCUGAAGUGUGCACUACUGUUGUGCUGGUGGUGGGAUUGUCAGAAGAUGAGGAGGCCAUCCUGAUAGAGACAGUGUAGGAAUCCCAGAAACAACAGCCAUGUUGCUGCAUGUGGCUAACCUUCGUUGAUUUUGCAUGUCAGUUUCUAAGCCGAUAUCACCAACUAUGACUCUGACAUCCAAUGAAGCAGUCGAGGGCCAUGAUGCUUUUCUGACUGAGGCAACACAGCCUGGAGCCCAAAUCCCGAGGCUGUGCACCAAAGUCCUUCCCUGUUUGUCACUGGUGAGCAGAGUCUGACCUGAAAGUCUGGACCUGAUCUCUCAGUGAAGGCAAAACUGCUUGACCUCUGAUUUUGAACUGCUAUUGUAGCUAAUGCUGCUAUUGAUUUAAAAAUCUAGUUCAAUAUGUGAAAAAAUACACUCUUCAAUCUCCUGGAACAUUCUGUCUCAGAGAGGACCAUGUCUACACGUCAAAGGAAAGACCAGAUCCUGGUGCUUUCCCACAAGAAGUUGCUCAAUGUGGCUACCUGGCAGGCCAAACAUAAGCCUGUGUCUGCAGACAGGAGGGCACCAACAAUGUGUCAAGCAACCUCAUCUGCAUCGUCACAAGCAUCUGCAGUGUCGUUUGACAGUUGUGGAGCCCCUCCCACCAAUAAAGGUUAGCAACUUGUCGGGCUUUCAUGGCAUUUAUGGCAGCUAGAUUGUGCUUCUUAGAGUAAGUCCAAAUCAGUGCUACUAGGUAUGUAUGAUGCUUAUACACCUUACCCUAAUUUAAACAGAUGGUGUGGGCACUGAGAACAUGUAGCCCUGCAAAGCAUUUUAAAAUAUUUACAUAUUUUCUCAUUUACCUAUUCACUCUCCCCUACAUCCUGUCUGUAGUCUGUCUCUUCUAUCUCUUCUCUGGUUUUUAUAUCUUUUGUUCCGUCUUUUUCUCAUUCUGGGCAUUUGUUUCUGACUCUCUCCUGUUCUCUUUCUUACUGCCUAGCUGCCUCUUUGUCUGUCUAUCCAUCUGUCUCUCCCUUGCUAAAUCUCUAUCUCUUUCUCUGUCUCUCUCUGUCUCUCUCUGUCUCUCUCUGUCUCUCUCUGUCUCUCUCUGUCUCUCUCUCUCUCUCUCUCUCUCUCUCUCUCUCUCUCUCUCUCUCUGUGUGUGUGUGUGUGUGUGUGUGUGUGUGUGUGUGGCUGUGUGUCCAUGCAUGUGGGGGCAGGUAGCAUGUAUAUUUCCUGGAGAGCCUGUGGAGGUCAAAGUUUAACUCAAGUGAGGUCUUUCUCAAACUCAUAAAGGACCUAGUAACUGAACUCUACUACCUAUUAUUGGAAAAGCUUUUGUAGGUGAAGAACCUGAAGGAUCUGAGGCUGUGCCAGUACAUGCUGGAGAAAUACUUGACUGGAUUCGGGUGUAGGAGCCUAGGCAUUGGCCCACAGAUGUGCUGUUCUCCUUCUUUGGAUACCCGUCGCAACAACACAAUCUUCUCUGUCUACUGGAGUUGUCUUGGUUGUAGAUUUGGAGAUCCUCAAUCUCUCAGCUUAGUUCUCUAACGUUAAGUCAUAUUGACUCUUAGCAUAGUACUUUAUUUGCCACUGUUCUUUCUACCUUUAUUUUUCCAGAACUUUCUAUGGGUAAGACAUUCCUUCUGUAACAUUUUAUGAUGUGUAAGACCACACAAGGGUACCCAGAGCCCAUACACAAUGUGCUCUUAUUAUCCUGUGAGAAGUCCAAGCCAGUAACCCAAUCUGAACUCAGUGGUGAGAAGGAACCUAAAACUCAGAACAGGACUUGUUAUCAUUCCUUUCUUGUUAGUACCAUUCACAACUUCUGUAGAAGUUGGGAGUCCAGAAAGCAAAGGGCGGGAUUUUCUCACAUGAUCUUGACCCAUGUUGGGUUUUCUGUCUUCCAUCUCCACCUUUAACAUUUAAUAUACCACAUCUCUCCAAAGGUCAUGCCUAUUCUAGUGUGCUGCACUCACUGACGAAGUUGGAGCAAGCGUCAAAAGAGUGAAGGCCAAGCUCUGACUGUGACAGAGAGUUUGAGAUAGACAACUGAUGCUUGGAAAAACACUUGACUUCUCGCUGGGACCUCCAUCUACUGUAAAUAACCAACAACCUGUUCAAGGAUCAAUGUGCCUCUGAGAUGAGGACAACAAGGUAGAAGGGAGUCCACAGAAGGAAACGGGUCUGAGGGCUAACACCAUAACGCUUCCAAUUCUGUCUUCUAGGCAUCACUAACAAAUCUAUAUAGUCCUACCUCCCAGAAGAUGAGUGAAGGUGUUACAGUUAGGAUGAUUGUUGACAUGAGGCUCUCAGAGGUUCACCACAAAUCGGAAGGACAAGAUUGAGAUUGCCAUUCAUAUGGUCUUUCCAUAGUCUCCCCUUGCAAUCAGAAUUGACCAUCACUAUGGACCUCAUCUAUUAGAUGCAGGUUGUCUAGCAAGCCUCUGGACAGGCAGCAUGGCAGAAAUCAACUCUUUCCAAAAAAAAAAGGCUGCUGCUGACACAGUGGAUAGAGCACACACAAGCUCCCUGUCUGACUCCUUCAGCUCCUGCAUGUCUCCUUGGCUAACAUUUCAGAGCUUCUGAUUCUUCAGACAUCAGCUUCUUGAUACUGAAGAGAUUGUUCUAACUGAUGAGCCCAGGACUAGAAGAUGGACAGCAUCCAAGAAGCCUGGUCCAUCUAAGGCCAAGUCACAUCUUUAAGAAAUAUUUGAAAGCAUUUGUGCACAGGAUAAAGGUGCAAGGACCAAAGUCUCCUUAGACUUUCCAGCCUACAGAGGGUCUGACAGACUCAGGUCAAAGGUUACGUCUGAAGCCUAGAUCAUGAAGAAGGCCCCACUCCACAGGAGAAGCCUGUGGCUGAUGCUAUUGCAACUAGGACUACGAUUGUGAAACUUGUGUCUGUGGAUAGCAGAUUCACGAAUCUUGUGCCCAGGUAUCCACAGGCCUUUUUUCACACAUUCCUUGGUAUAACUUUGCAAGUCCUGACUUUGGACGUGUCGGGUGCUGAUGGUAUCUCACUUGAUAUAUAGUACAAGAAAGAUUUUUACCCCUUUAAGGGGCUGGAAAUAGACUGGACUCACAGUUACCAUUAAAACUGAAGUUCUGUC